ACACACACGCACACUUCCUCAGCAUUUAUUUAAUCGACGAUCGAAUAAGACUCGGUCGCGCACACAAACGCUCAUAAGCAGAUGAUCAUCUUUAAAUAGGUUUUGUGAAUCUCAGAAACUGGCAACUUAAUUUGGAAGAGAGAAGUGAUUGAUCAUGGCGAAAAGCGAAGUGAAGCUUCUGGGUGCAUGGCCAAGCCCAUUUGUGAUGAGGGCUCGGAUUGCUCUUAACAUCAAAGCCGUUGAGUACGAGUUUCUUCAAGAGACGCUUGAGCCUAAGAGCCAGCUUCUUCUCCAAUCCAAUCCUGUCUACAAGAAAAUCCCGGUUCUCAUCCAUGCUGACAAGCCCAUCUGCGAGUCCCUCGUCAUUGUUCAGUACAUUGACGACGUCUGGACUUCCGGUCCCUCCAUCCUCCCUUCCGAUCCUUAUGAUCGUGCUAUUCAUCGAUUUUGGGCUGCCUACCUUGACGACAAGUUCUUUCCGACUUUGAGAGGCAUUCUGGCUGCCCAAGGAGAGGAAGCCAUAAAAGCGGUGCUGGAGCAAUUGGCCGAAGGGCUUGCGCUGUUGGAGGAAGCCUUUGGCAAGUGUAGCAAAGGGAAGGCUUUCUUUGGCGGAGAUGGAAUUGGGUUCCUGGAUAUUGCUUUUGGGUGCUUCUUGGGGUGGCUGAGGGCGACAGAGAAGAUGAGUGGGGUGACGCUGCUCGACGGAGCGAAGACUCCUGGGCUGGUGAAAUGGGCUGACAGGUUUUGUGCCGAUGGUGCUGUUAAAGGUGUUAUGCCAGAGCCCGAGAAGCUUUUGGAGUUCUCUAAGGUUCUUGUGGCCAAGAUGAGAGGAGCUCCUCCUAAGUAGUAUGUUUAGUUUCGUGUUGAUGGCCUCUGUGAUGUUCCUUUUGCUAGGAAUGGCCUUUUCGUUUAUGCAUGUGGUGACUCAUAAAUUUGGCAUCUUAUUAUUAUGUUUUGGUUUUCAAAGGGAGCGGCAUACCUCCCUUAAAAAAUAUCCUCCUGUUCUCAA